UCAGGGUGACGUCACACACAUGGUUAUUAUUACAGUGAGCAGUUGUUUUGACACAGAAAACGAGUCGGUGUGUUGAUCAGCGUUUAGUUGAAACGAGUAAGAAAACUGUUCGAAAGGAGCUGAAAUAUAUUUUUGAUUUUCUCACACUGUAGUGAUGCCAUCCGACAGACCCUUUAAACAACGACGGACAUUCGCUGAUCGCUGCAAGGAAGUGCAGCAGAUACGAGAGCAGCAUCCUAAUAAAAUUCCGGUUAUCAUUGAACGGUAUAAGGGAGAAAAGCAGCUUCCUGUUUUGGACAAGACCAAGUUCCUAGUGCCUGAUCAUGUCAACAUGAGUGAACUGGUGAAGAUUAUAAGGCGUCGACUGCAACUGAACCCUACUCAGGCCUUCUUCCUCUUGAUCAACCAGCACAGCAUGGUCAGCGUGUCCACCCCGAUCUCUGAGAUUUAUGAGCAGGAACGUGAUGAAGAUGGCUUCCUUUACAUGGUCUAUGCCUCCCAGGAGACAUUUGGCUGCUAGGUUCUCUCUACUGGCGCCAUGUGAUGGUGAAAACCAAAAGAAGCCAGGAGAAAAAACGCAGGUUCCAGCUACCCGUAGCCCUGUGAUCUCUCUGUUUCUCUCUCUGUAAGACAUAGCUUACUCCUGCCAUCACUAAUUUAACACUACGUUCUGUCUCAUUAUGACACAAGUGUGCAUAUGACAGCGCUACUGUACCUACUAGUUUGACCGUUUAACCUUUUAUCAACUUGAUUCUCUUAUUCCAGUUAGUAAAAGAUAGACUGUGUGUGUGUGUGUGUGUGUAAGUAAGGAGCUCUUGUGCUCUGUCCCAGUUUGUUCAUUUGAUUUUAUGCUCUUUGAUUUGUUGCUUUUAUUAUGGCCAGUGUGUAAAAUUAUGAGAAACAUGUCAGUGUAAGUAGGUGAGUGUCUGUUAUAUUCACUAAAAAAUAAAGGUUUGUAGUUUUCUAGUAAUUUAGGUGCUCCAUUUUCCUGCUUGCUUGUAGUGAUCAGCAAAUCAGUGCUGGAGUGACAUUUUUAAACAUUAGAUGUUUCCUCCAAAGCAAAAAAAAAAAAAAAAAAAUCUUAAUAAACUCCUUUCAAAUUUCUUAUUAUUUAAAGUAGGGCCAUGAUGUACGUAUAGAAACACCUCAAGUCUCCAAUCCUACAGAAUUCAAAUCUGAAAUGAGAAAAGCUACAUUAUUGGGGAACUUGUUAUAGUUUAGUCAGUCAGGAAAUUGCUGAUCUUCUGUUCAAUUCAGAAAGUCAGUAUUGGAGAAUUGAGCUUGGAAAGAGAAAUCAGGAGAGCUGUCUGAUGCUGCCUAUGCUCUCCUUAAAGUUAAAGUUUAUAGUACAGUUUUUAGUCCAUAUUGUCCAUUAACGUUAAGAUAUGGAGUGUGGACUUGGGAGUGUACAUGAAUCUGCAGUCUGUACUGUAAACCUGAGAAAAAAUACAACUAAACAUAUCCCCAGUGACUUUUAUUCUGCCAUGCUGUAGUCUGUAAUGGCUCCUGUUUACUAGAUUACCUAUAAAUAAUAUGCUUUUUUUGCACAAACCAAUAGCCAAGAGGAUAAACUUCAUUUUCAAAAAAAUUUAACACAGUUUUAUUAUGUAACUUGUUUUCCUUUCCUUUAUAUCACUGUGCGAUGUAUUUACCUUCUGUUCCAACUUCAAUGAAGGAUUUAUGAUGCACUACAUAGAUUGCUUGUUUUUUGCAACCUUUUUAUAUAUUGAUUUAUGCUAUUAGAUUUGUUAAUUAAUUAUUUAAUGUAGAAUAAAAAACGUCUUUUUAGAUGUUUUCAAACCAAAACAAUGAAAAUAAUAUGUAUCUAUGUUUGAAACACAAGUGUAUAUAAACUAUCAUAUGAUUA